UAAUAAUUAUUAUAUAAAAUAAUCUAUUCCAAUCAGUUGUGAUGAUAAACAAAUUUUAGAGGUUAAUUAAAAGUUUUUGAAGUAAAUAUCAAUAGAUUCCUUUGGAUUGGGGAAUAUAUCAAAUAGCAGUAUACUAUUUCUUUAAGAUUACUAAGCUCUUAUUCCUAUAGGAUCUAAUAUUGGAUUAUGGGAUCUUAUCUCAUCUAAAAGAAAAAAACUAAUCAAAAUGUCUAGUGAUCCUAUUUAUGUAUUACUUUAAACAAAUCAAUAUGUUAUUUCAGUGACUAUUAGUGGAUAAAUCAGCAUUUUUUAAAAGACCUCGCUUAAAUAAAUUCUGAGUUUUUAAAUUAAAAAAGGCACAGUUUUACACGCUUGCUCAAGUGAAAAAUAUAUAGCAGUAGCUAUUAAAUGCAAUGAAAUAAAUUUUAUUGAAAUUUUUUAAAUUAAUCAAAAUGUGAAUAUUGAAAAAUAAUAUUAAGUAACUUUACAUGAAUAAGUUAAACAUAUUUUGAUAAACCAAAAUGAUUAGCUAAUAAUUAUCAGCAAAUGUUAAAAUCAUGUUUAAGAAAAAAAGUAAAAAUACCAAUAUUAAAUGAAUCUAUUUAGCUUGAUAGACAAAGCUAUUUUAAAGCAGUAAAAAAUAGAGUUAGAAAAUAAAAUUAUUUACAUUUAAAAUAAUUAAAAUUUAGGAAUUAUUUUAACAUAAAACAACUAUAUAGUAGUGUAUUGUUUAGAAGAUCUAACAAUUAUUUCUAAAUUUAAAAUUAUAUCUGAACCAUUUUAAAGUAUUUAAAUAACAGAUUAAAAUGAGAUAUAUUUGUGUCCUUAAAGUAAUUAAAUUCUCAAAAUAAAUUGUUCAUCAUUAAUAGAAAACCCUUUACCAGAUAAAAUUGAUAUAUUUCAAAGCAUAAAUGAUACUCGUAUUCAUUUACAAACUAUUUUAUCAGAUGCAUUAAGGCCAAACUCGAACUUUCUUAAAGUUAUAAAUAACUAUAUAUUCUCAUAUUUUGAUAAUGAAUUUAUUUUUUAGAAUUACUAUAACAUUUCUCAAAAAAAUAAAUAUUCAGGCAUUGGCUUAAGUGCUACUUGCAUUUCGGUGAAUUAAAAUGGCGAUUUAUUUGCUGUAGGUGAUUUUCUUGGAUAAGUUUAGAUUUUCCGUUGUAAAUCAGAAGAAACAUCUGAUAAUGAAAAUCAUCCUAUAAGAUAAAUUUAAUUGUAAUCUGGAAUACGUUGUCUAGAUUGGCUUCCUAGUGGAGAAGGAAUAGUAAUUGGUACUUUAGAUGGCUCUAUUAUAAUAAAACAAUUUAGUAAUGGAUAAGAUUUCAGCAAUAUUUUAUAAAUUUAAUCUAAUUGUUCUAUCACUUCAUUAAAAUUUAGAACAAUAAAAGAUAAGACUUUUUUGCUAGCAACAAACUCUUUAGGUUAAGUAAUUAUUUUUGAAGAAAAUCAAUGUAAUGGCAUGUUUUCAGUAAAACAUUAAAAAUAAGCUCAUUUACCAUAAGCAUCAUCUAGUUAAUUUGGAACACUAGACAAAUAUGCAGAAAUUUGGAGCUCUGUUUGGGGUUUAAAUGGAAUUAAUUUAAUAGCAACCUCAAGUGAAGAUACCACCGUUAAAAUUUAUAAAAUUUCCAAUGAUCAUAUAAACUUAAAAUAAACUUUAAAUGCCCAUAAACUAGCUGUAACAUCUAUUGAUUGGAAAAAAAUGAGUGGUGAUCUAAAAGAAAUUUUUGCAUCUUGCUCUGAUGAUUAAACAAUAGUGAUAUAUGAUCCUUAAAGAAAUUUUGAAAUAGUAAGUAUUUUCUCUACUUCUUUCAUAAAAGAUUGGCAUACUUUAACUUACAUAUCAUUAGAAGAAAAUGGAACUAGAGUUGCUGUUGGUUCUUAAAAUGGUUAUCUAUUUAUCAUAGAUUUAGUUUAGAACAAGUUUAUUUUUGCUGAAAGAGUUCAUUUAGGUGGAAUAGAGGGUGUUAUAUGGAAAAAAAAUAAAAUAUUUACUUGCUCAAAUGACUGCAAUAUAAAUGUAAUAAAUCUCAAAACAUGAAAAUUAUUAUCAUAAUAUUGAAUGAAUAUGAACAAUGAUAAAGCUCUUCUACUGACUAAUUAUUGGUUAAUAUAUUUAAUAAUGAUAUAAUUUAUCUAAAUAUUAU